AUGCCUCCACCGAAGAAGAAAAGUGCUUAUCAACGGUUAAUGAUACGAAUAUCUUGCCUCCUUCCGGCAAAACUUCGUCCUGUUUUUUUACAUCCUGCAGGACCGACUACUGUAUUCUUUUGGGCACCUACAUUUAAAUGGGGUUUGGUGUUAGCAGGAUUGGGUGACAUGAAGCGACCACCAAACACGAUUUCUCUUACGCAAACUGCGAGUCUGAUGAUUACUGGUGCCAUAUGGUCCAGGUAUUCACUGAUCAUCACACCAAAGAACUAUAAUUUAUUCAGUGUAAACGCGUUUACGUGUUUAACGGGGAUGUAUAAUUUUAUACGAGCUCUGCUUUACAAAAUAGAGCAAGAGAAGGCUGAGGAAAAGGAUUCAGAAUAG